AAAACGAAAAUGUCAAUGAUUUUUUUCAUUACACUUCGAUCUCAAUUUUCGAAAAUAUGGGAAAAUCGGAAAUGUUUUCAUUAUUCAUCAUUUAGAUAUUGCUUUUAUUCACAAUUUUCCCAAACAUAUUUAUCGAUUAGAACAACUCACGUCAAAUAUAAAAGUCAUGUUAGUAAUAUGGUGUACUGGUAUGUUGAUUGUUGUCAUUUGUGAAGGACAUUGAAGCAAAUUAAUUAUACUGUAACGAUUCGAUGACGGAAUAGUCAAACCAAUUGAACUAUUUGUCUGCAAAACGAGAAUCAAGACUUAAUAUUGGUCAGUAACAGCGAUUGGUGUAAUUAUUGUAUAAUUAAUGUAUUCGGAAUUGAAUAAGAAGUAUAACUCGAAUGAACAAUAAAUUCCCAAGAAUUUUGUUAUCGCAAACAUUCAUUCAAUCAUUCCAUUUACGAAUUCUAUCGUGGAUGGAUAUGACUUUGUUUUUAUUUAUUUAAAUUGUUAAUCAUGAAACGUUUGAAUUUUCAUGGCAAUCUCAUAUCAAUUGCAACUAAUAUUAAUCCACCAUGGAUGUUUGGAAAUGUAAACAAUGAUUUGACAUUGGAACCGACAGACGGAAUGUCAUAUCGAUUCCUAUUGUUCAUGGCUGAAUAUUUCAAUUUUACUUACAAACUCAUCGAUCAUAAUGGCGAUUAUGGUUAUCAUGAAGUGUCAGAUUUGAACUAUACCGGUUUGAUGAAGUCAGUCAUAUCAGGUGAAACGCGUUUUGCUAUGGGUGGUAUAUCUGUUCGUAUGGCUCAUGAUAAUCCAUUUGUACGAAUGUCGGAUGAAGUCAAAACAUCUAGAAUUACAUACAUGACUUUGGAUUCUGAGCCAAUCAAUGUCAAAGGUGUUAUUUUCCGUCCAUUCGAUCCAAGUGUUUGGUUAUCUAUAGGUGUCAUAUUGUUAUCAAUGAUGUUGAUUGGUUUUCUUUGCACACAUCUCACAAAAUCCAAAUGGAGUUUUACAUGGUUAGUGUUAUCGGCAUUUCUCCAACGCGGUACUCGUCAUCUACCUAAUGGUUAUGGUUCAAAUUUUCUCAUUCAAAUCUCUUGGUACACUGGUCUAUUUAUGAUGGUUUUUUAUUCAAAUGAAAUCAUAUCCUCAUUAACAAAUCUACAAUCAAAACGGAAUAUCGCAACUUUAAAUGAAUUCUGUGACAAAAUAAUGGAAGAAUCCGUUGUUCCAUUAGUGGUCAAAGGCACCACUUUACGAUCAUUUUUUAUGGAACAUCGAAAAGAGAAUGAAAUCUAUGAUAUAUUGUCACAAAAUAUGGAAAUAAUAUCCAAUUCCAUGGAUGGUAUAUAUCGUAUGGUUGAAUCGCGAUUGCAACGAAGAUUUAAGCCAACAAAAAUUUAUGCCAUUUUAGGUUCGUUUGAUACACUUGAUAUGUUAGCCAAUCGUUUUGGUAAUGAACAUUUUAAUUAUGCUGAUACAAUCGCUUCGAGCAUAUUGACAGAUCGUUAUGGACUAUUGUUUUCCAACAAUUCCACUUUAACGUCUUUUUUUAACGAAUGCAUACGUAUAGCUCAAGCACAUGGUUUUUUUGCAAAAUGGCAUCGAAAAAACUAUAAAUUACCAUUUUCUGAAAAUCCAAUUGAUACAAUGUUGAAUCAAUUGGAACACGAUCAUAAUGUUGGAUUCACUGGAGCCAAAGAAAGUAACCAGAUUUUGCAUAUGAAAAAUGUUGCCGAAUGUUUCAUACUCUACAUAUGUUGUAUAGCGAUAACGAUAAUGAUAUUUAUCACCGAAAUUUUAUGGAAAUAUCUCAAAGUAUCUAAACCGUUGAUGAAAAAAAUACUUUUGAAACGACUACGAAAACAAGAGAAACUUGAACAUAUGAAUUCACAAGAAGAGAUAAUUCUUCCUAAAAAUGUAAUUCCUUAUCCGGAUAUAACUGAUUCAAUUUCUGGAAUGAAUCAAAAACAAGUUGCUUUACAUUGUCUACUUCGACGAAGAGGUAGUCAAAAUUUAUGAUUUGUGUUUAAAAUGAAUGUUGAAAUUGAAUAUUUUGAAAUAAAAGAAUGAAAUUUAUAAUUAGUA